AUGAGUAGCAGCACAGGUGGAUGGAGUGUGAUCCACGGCGGACCCACCGAGGACCAAUGUGGAAAAUUCACCCACGGUGGAUACGUGGUGGGUCCGCUGUGGGUGAGAUUUAGGGAGAAUUUUAUAAAAACCUGUUAAAUGAACUAAAUGUACUUUUAAGAGUUCCGCUAUGCCUCGAAUGGUGUAAAAAGAGAUUAUAUUGGCUAUAGAAUCAUUUUUCAGUUCUUACUCACUUUCAAGGGUGAAGACACAGAUUUGUAGAGCGGAGGACCAAUAUAAAAUGUUAUAAAACAUGAAAACUAGUUCAAAAACUCUAUAAAUUUGAUCAGAUUCACUAAAUAAUUGAUUUUCUACUGUUCUCAUCUCUUUUUUUCAACUUUAAAGCGUUUCUUUCAUAAUUUUAUGAAUUUUUGCAAAAUGUUGGGGUACUGUAGUUCGAGAUGUGUGUAGUGGCAUUUAAUCUGACGCGCACUUAUUUUUAUUUUUCGUUUUUUGGGCCAAGUGUUUUUUAUGUUUUUUUUUGGUGUUUUUUGCGGAUUUUCAUAUCAUCUGUUCAUGGUUUUAGUACUAAAUGAUAUUUAAAGUAGUCCUAAAACAGUUACAGAAGUAAAAAGUAUGUAAAAGUAGCAAAUUUUAGGAUAUUAGGGGAAAAUAUUCAAUUUUUUCAAUUACAUUAUUUCCACCGAAUACUCUGUUAAAACCAAGGUUUUCUUGAUGUUUAUCCUGCAUUCGUCUCCUUACCAUUAAUUUUUGACAUAAUUUUGCAGAUUCAUAGUUCGUGACUUUGACUAAAACGAGGAAAUGCUGAGAGCCGAAAAAAACAGAAGAAAAAAUGGAAUAAAUUGUAUAUUCAGAUGGAUCUGCUGGAAGACCACUUGAUGUAAGUUUGAAUAAACGACUUUUGAAAUAUAUUUUUUCAAUUAUUUAUUUCAUUUCAGACAUUGGAAGAUUCACCAGCUCUUCUGUCACUUGGACUCAACAUCUUCUCGGCUUCCAGUAUUUGGAACUAAUGGUAGGGAUUCAACAUUCUAACAAUGAACUAUAUCAGUUAUAUAUUUUUCAGGCAAUGUUAUCUCCGCCUGGACCGACUUGGAUGAAUUUUGGAAGACCGGCGUUCACCAAGAACAUAUAUCACCGACUUCGCUCAAUAUGGUCAAUAUUUUAUAGGUCAGUUUUUUUUGUAGUCUAUGAAUAUAAGAUGUGAUAAAUUACCUGCAAACUACUGUUUAAUCGGAAGUUUGCAGAAAAAGAGAUAACACUUUACUAUGCCGAUCUACUGAUCAACUUAUAGCAGAAAAAUGUCACUUCAUUCAUCAAAAACUCUGACAAAAUUAUCAAAACUCUGAUCUAAAAGUCUAAACCCAACCCUUAAAUCCAAAACUACAGUUCGCGCAUCUUAUAAAAUUCUUACAGAUAUUGCCAACUCGGAAAAACAACGAACGAGGAUAUGGACUGAGCGAGACGUUAUGUGAUCAGGAUUAUGCAAUUCUGGCGCCCGAAACUCAACCAGGAAAUCAAUAA